AUGAUGCAAAGGAACUCUAACAACAACACCAACAACAACAACUCCAUUAUUAACUCAUCAUCGCAUCAAGCUUGUGCUUCAUGCAAACACCAAAGGAAGAAAUGCAACAACGAAUGCAUCUUAUCCCCUUAUUUCCCGGCCCGCAAGACCAAAGAGUUUCAGGCCGUGCACAAAGUCUUUGGUGUUAGUAACGUACAGAAAAUGGUACGGACAGUACGUGAAGAGGACCGUACAAAGCUCUCUGAAUCUUUGACAUGGGAAGCACUAUGGAGACAGAAAGAUCCUGUCCUUGGCUCCUACGGAGAGUAUAGGAGGAUUUGUGAGGAGCUCAAGCUGUACAAAAGCUUGGUUCAUAAUCAACCUCUCAUUGGUUGGGACAAUAAUCAACGUACUGUAUUCAACAAUAACAACAAAAACGGAUUAGCGAUAAAUUCGAGUGGAUCGGGAGGGUUUAGUGUUAACAACAAUGGCGUUGCUGUGAAUCGGGAGAUUAUUAAUGGUGGAUAUACAUCGAGGAAUUUGCAAGGUGGCUGGGAAAACUUCAAGCAAGAUCAAAGGCAACAAUGUUAUGCAGUGAUUAAUGGGUUUAAGCAACAUUAUCUCCCACUCUAA